CUUCUUCGUCGGGUGACGGCCGUCAGAAUAGCCGAUCGGAGAAGGAUAGCACCGGUACGUCAGUCCUCGAUGGACCGCUUCUCCGCUUCUGGUCUGACUGGUUGUCACUGGUCGUAAAAGGAGCGUUAAUUCCAUGAGCGGUAUUCUAUCAGGGGCUAUUAAUUUCUGUCAACUCGAAGAAUGUAUUAAUAAAUGGACCUUGGAGUUGAAAGAGCAAGAAUAAGUACUUGUGAAUCAAGCGACACAAGUUAAUGCUUGGGACAAAUGGGGACAAAAUAGUAAUGCUGAAUCAAGAAGUUGAAAGAGUGAAAAUCGAGUGGCAGCAAUUGGAUUAUGUUGUUGGACAACAGAAAGAGUUGCAAGAAUGUUUAGUACCAUUAGAAAAGGAGCUAGCAUUAUUAAGAAACAAUAGCAUCAAGAAAAAAGUAGCAUUGGAAGAAAACAUCACAAAAAUUAGUGCCAUCCUUCACAUGAUUUUCUUCAUAAUCUCAGCGUGGGAAUACCACGCCCUGAUUCCGAGCAACCGGGUAUGCCAUUAAGGAUGUUGUGGCGCCCGCGCCCACACACACACACACACACACACACACACACACACACACACAUAUGUAAAAUACAUAUGUGUUUAUCGCAUAAACUAGGAUUAUUGCAAUAUUAAUAAGUUAACUACUUUUUUUCUUACGCAUACAAUAGAAUCAAUUUUGUUAAAAUCCUUUUUUUU